UUGUAAGUGGAUUACAUCAGUUUACUUGCGAGGAGAAUGCAGCACAGCACGUUCGCCUCAGUUAUCGUGGCCAUUUUCAUGCAAUCGACAUUGUGAGUUUUAGACAAAGAUGGGUCAAAUUCAAAGCGAUGAAGAUAAGGAAGUGGAACUAGCAGACAUCCAGCCUCUUUAUACCAAAUUCAUGAGAGAGUGCCCAAGUGGAGCCCUGCAUCUUCAUGAAUUCCGCAAGAUCUUCGGAGUUCAGAGCACAUCAGAAGAUGAGGCUUUGUACAUGGAAACCCUCUUCAGAUCUUUUGACACAAACAGGGAUGAUGUUAUAGACUUUAUGGAAUUUGUAGCAGCUGUCCACCUGGUUCUGAGAGGAAAACUGGAGGACAGACUGAAAUGGUCUUUUAAAGUCUACGACAGAAAUGACAGUGGAAAGUUGGACAGACAAGAAGUCAAACGUGUUAUAAAGGUAAUUUGCCAACUUAAGAAAAACCACAUCCACAUGACACCCAGCGCAGUUUGCGACAGGAUAUUCAAACUUUUGGAUGAAAACAAUGAUGGUCAAAUAUCCCUGUCAGAGUUCAUGGAAGGGGCACAAAAAGAUGCCUGGAUUAUGGACCUCUUAAAACUGGACACUAAUGCACGGGGCUGGUUCAGGGAAAACUGGGGGAAAAAAACAUGAGUUUUCAAUAAGGUCAAGGCCCAUGGGGCAAAACCUGCGUGACCUUUUACAAUCCUUCAAAUGUUGGGGGCUGCAAACGGGAGAGACCUGGUAUGGAGGUCAGAAAAUAUUUGCCUUCUGUCACGAGCAAGUACGUGCCUCAUCAUACACUGAGCACUUGAUGUUCAACCAGUCUGCACAUGUAACAGCGGCUCACAUUUUCUUCUUGGUGUGGUGCUGAUGCUGAUAUGUAAUUACCCAAAAAUGACAUUAAAUGCAUGAAUCAUAUGUUUAUAGAGGGAACUGUAAUUAUGAUCUGCA